ACUCUAUAAGAAUUAAGGCACUUUAUUGGUAGUCGAUGGAGAAGGUGGUAGCUGAACUGCCAGUGUGCCAAGAAUAUCCAAUCACAUUUAUAACCAAUAAAAGGGUGGUUUCAUAGAAUUUGUGAAAUGUCUAAAUCCCUGAUCUUUGAUCAGAAAUCCUCCAGAUGUAUGGGCAAUCGUUACUGCAAUCAAUGGGAUUUCCCCCAUUGAUCUUCAUGGUUGGAGAAUUGAAGGUGGUUCCAACUUCCAACUACAAUCUCUUAGGGUUGGCGUGCACAUUAACUGCUCCUCACCCACCUCAAUAUCCUUUUGAAUCGAUAUCCAAAUCCCCUCGCCACUCAGCCACACAGCUAUAGAUAGAUGGACGCAGCAGCUCUUAGCUCGAUCGUACAGAGAAUCUGUUGAUUAAGCUGAUUGCUUAGCUAGAAGAGAGCGAUAAUGGAGAUGAGCAACAGAGGAACAGGGGAGCAGGCGUUGCUCUCCACGGAGAUCGUGAACCGCGGGGUGGAGGCGUCGGGGCCCGACGCGGGCUCGCCGACGUUCUCGGUCAGGGUGCGGCGUCGCUUGCCGGACUUCCUGCAGUCGGUGAACAUUAAGUACGUGAAGCUCGGCUACCACUACCUUGUCAGUCACGCCCUGUACCUGGCCACCCUCCCGCUCCUCCUCCUCGUCUUCGGCGCCGAGUUCGUGAGCUUGACCACCGCGGAGCUGUGGCGGAGGCUGUGGGGCGAGACCAGCUUCGACCUCGUCAGCGUUCUCACGUUCGUCGCGGUGCUGGCCUUCACCGCCGCCGUCUACGUCUUGUCCAAGCGCCGGCCCGUCUACCUCAUCGACUUCGCCUGCUACCGUCCUUCCGACGACCUCAAGGUGUCGAAGGCGGAAUUCAUCGAGCUGGCGCGGAAGUCGGGGAAGUUCGACGAGGAGAGCCUUUCCUUCCAGUCCCGGAUCCUGAAGAGCUCCGGCAUCGGCGACGAGAGCUACGUGCCCAAGUGCGUGUUUUCUCCCAAGGAUACGAGCUGCGCCACCAUGAAGGACGGCCGCGAGGAGGCGUCCACGGCGAUGUUCGCGGCGCUGGACGAGCUGUUCGACAAGUGCGGGGUGAGUCCCAAGGAGGUGGGCGUGCUGGUGGUGAACUGCAGCUUAUUCAACCCCACGCCGUCCCUGUCGGCCAUGAUCGUGAACCGCUACAAGAUGCGGGGCAGCAUCCUGAGCUACAACCUGGGAGGGAUGGGGUGCAGCGCCGGGGUGAUCGCGCUUGACCUCGCCCGCGACAUGCUGCAGGCCAACUCCAGCACCUACGCCGUGGUGGUCAGCACCGAGGCGGUCUCCUUCACUUGGUACGCCGGACGCCGCCGCUCCAUGCUCAUCCCCAACUGCUUCUUUCGCAUGGGCUGCUCCGCCGUGCUGCUCUCCAACCGCCGCCGCGAUUUCCGCCGGGCCCACUACAGGCUCGAGCACAUUGUCAGGACGCACAAAGGCGCCGACGACCGCAGUUUCAGGAGUGUGUAUCAGGAGGAGGACGAGCAAGGAAUGAAGGGUUUAUCCAUUAGCCGUGAGCUGAUGGAGGUGGGCGGACACGCGUUGAAGGCCAACAUCACCACCCUCGGCCCCCUCUCGCUCCCCUUCUCCGAGCAGCUCCUCUUCUUCGCCGCCCUGAUACGCCGCCACCUGUCACCCAAUUCCGCCGCCCUCGCGAAGCCCUACAUCCCCGACUACAAGCUGGCGUUCGAGCACUUCUGCGUGCACGCGGCGAGCAAGGCGGUGCUGGACGCGCUGCAGAAAAACCUGGAGCUGGAGGACCGCCACAUGGAGGCCUCCCGCGCCGCCCUCCACCGUUUCGGCAACACCUCCAGCAGCAGCAUCUGGUACCAGCUGGCCUACCUGGAGGCCCAGGGCCGCGUCCGCGCCGGAGACCGCGUCUGGCAAAUCGCCUUCGGCUCCGGCUUCAAGUGCAACAGCGCCGUCUGGAAGGCCCUGCGCCGCGUCCGCCGCCCCACCCGCAGUCCCUGGCUCGACUGCCUCCACCGCUACCCCGCCGUCCUCGGCGCUUAGCUAUAAAUAGCUACUAUACGACAUGGUCUAGUAAUAGAUAAUUAUCUCUAAACUAUAAACAACAGAGAAAAACAAACAUGAUAUUAAAUUAUGAUAGCUUCAAUUGUAUCUACAUCUACAAAUGUCAUUUGUAUUGUAAAGUAGUAUUAAUACCUAUUAAGGUUGGCAUUCCUAUUUUUAUUGA